AUGAUGAUAAGAAUAAUGACCCUAGCCUGUAUUAUGCAGAUACCUGCAGAUAUGUUUGUGAAUUCGAUUAUUGUGGCUAUGAAGACUCACAUAAAUCAAUCAAAUUUGAUUGUAUAUCAAGUUGGAAGCUCGUACAGAAAUCCAAUAUCUUUUAAUGAAGUGCAUGAUAUUCUUUUUGGCUACUUCACUAAAAAUCCAUGGACGAACCGUGAGGGUAACCUUGUCAAGAUUAGGAGAGGUUUCGUGCUGAGCAACAUACUCAUAUUUGAAAUCAUCUUCUCAUUAUUGCACUCUUUCGUGCAAAUGGCUUUAAUUUUGGCUAGUCGAAUGGGUGGUAGUAGCUUGCAACGUAAUUUGCUUAACUUCGACAAAGAGCUGAAAAUAGCAAUGAGGCUAGUGGAAUUAUACAAACCCUAUGUAUUCUUCAAGGGCAUUUUUGCCGAUACAAAUACAGAAAAAGUUGCUGAUUACUGCCCGGAAAAAUGGUUUGGAUGAAGAAGCCUUCAACUUUGAUCCCUUGAGUGUCAAUUGGAAAGAUUAUUUCUUCAAUAUCCACCUUCCAUCAAUUGUUAAGAGCUUAUUCUAGAAUUACGUACGUCACAUUUGCAAUGCCAUCCUCUUGCUCUCUUUCGAAUUUGACAAAUUUGUUACAUAUUAUAAUUAUUUAUUGUUACAUGUUGAUUAUGUAUUUGAUCAAUUAUUAUUUCUAUUAUAGAGGUUGUAAGGGUUCAAUAAUGAUAUAAUGAAAGUUGAACAACAAAGUGUGAUUUUAUUCUUUUA